AAGCUGCAGAAGAUCCAAGUUUAUUGCGCAACAGGUUCAAGGCGAGAUUGAACAGCGAGGAAGGGGUGACAUGAACUUUUAAAACUUCCCUCCAUGUCCCAGAAUACAGUGCAAAAUACAUCACGGUUACAUCAUGAAUACAUUAGGAAUAGGUUGGGUUACACAGGAUUAACAUGAGGAGGAGGGAGGGGGAAUAUGCAGAGCUGGAGAUAUGCGCAGAUAAGUACAUCUUGAGUACCAGUGAUGAGAAGACAAUGGUCCAAGUAUGCAUAGUCUGCCACCUGGCAUUGCCCGGAGGAAAGGCUUGGCAGAGUGAUUUGACAGGAUUAGGGUCUUCCUGAGAGUACGUGACACCUCGCUUGAGGGAUUAUGGAGGACAGGGGAGGUGUCAUGGAGUCCUAGAGAAACUGAGCCGAUUGGCACCAAAAGCAAGAAAAUCGGUGUUACGGUUGAUUUUCUAUGAAUUUUAUAGAUUUUAGUCCCUUUUGACAUUGACAAUUGGACUCGAAAAUAAAUGGAUAUAUUGUAGCAAAGAAGGUGAAGAAGACAUGCCCCCUUCCAUAUCAAAAUAAAUAAUGUAAUAUUAAAGCAGUAGGAGCACAUUGACGAUGGAGAGUGGGAGGUCAACUUAAUGGAAAAAAUGUUUUAAAUCUGAUGUAAUUAGGUACUGAUUUGUAAAAAAUUUGGAAAAUUAAUAAAAAAAAACAUUUGGAAAAAAAGAGUUCUAUUUCCCAAAGAAAUCCAUUCCCCAAAGGCGUAAUACAAAGGUCAUAUUACGUAUAUCACAAAAAGAGGAAAUUUGAGCCCCUGACCUGUCAAAGUGUCUCUUUCACCUCUGGGGCCAACAUGAGUGUAUCUCUUUGCUAUUACAAUUAGUGUCUGUUCACAUAUUUAUGAGUAGAAAGCCCUCUUUAGGUCUUUUGUUAGGUCUAGUAUUGCCCAUUGGCAGUUUGCUGGAAAGGUCAAGUAUGUGCUGUCACACUCAGGGGAUUGUGGCUGCCCCUUAUCUGACCACCACAGCCACUCAGGACUACUUUGUAUAUGUCCCUGGGAUCCUUGUUUUGGCUUUCAUUUACAAUCAAACCAUUUUAUUCAAACAUUUACAGUGUUUCUCAUUCCAAAAAGAGAGUUUAUAGGCCUUAAUUAAUAACAUUAUUAAUUAUGUGGGGGUUACUGGGAUGGGUUAUUGGUUUAUAUUUUGUUCCUGUUGUCAUUCAUUUUGUGGUUUUAUAUUGCAUUUUUAUGUAGUCAGUGCCCUGAGAUCUGUGGAUUAAGGGUAGUAUACACCUUUAAGAAAUACAUUUAAUAAUACUAACUUCCACACGGUGCGUGUCUCUGCUUUUCCCCAUGCUAUUUGAUGGAUGAGAUAUCGGCAAGCUGUUCUGCAGAGCUGAGCCUGCUACUUACACCGUUUUUCCUAUAGAGGCUGCUGUUUCCUACAGGGAUUUAAAAUUUAAAGGACAACUGGCAUUUUAUCAGUAGCGCUUUCUUUCAUAGUAUGGGACUGUUUGUGCUUCUGUAUGUUUGUAAACAUGCACUUAUCCACAUGUGUUAUAUUCAUGACACAGGGUUAAUGAAUGCCUGCCUUAAUCAUUCUAUGGCUUGGAUUGCUGUAAACAGUUUCAAUGAAUGUGUGUGUGUGUGUGUGUGUGUGUACACGCACGCAUAUGUAUGAGACAAUGCAGUAUUAAAAUAAUUUUAUGAAUGAAGUGUCCCUCUUUUUCUCUCCCUUUCAGCCCACAGGGUGCCUGGAAGACCCUGAGGGCAAGCAGCUCCUCCCAACACCCUCUCCUUCCCAGGUCCCCCCACAAGGGAAGGUGGCAGCUAACACCAAAGCCCCCCAGGGGAGAAGAGGGCAGCUUCCACCAGGAGCACCCCCACAAGAGCAGCUCUCAUAUCAACUCAAUAGAAAGGGCAGCCCCCAAACCUUCCUCAAACCAAGAUAAGGGAGCAGCCUGCUCCCACUCCCUCCAACCCAAGAUAGGGGGCAGCUCCCACCCUUUCUGCAGGAGAAGUGGCCACCCCACCCAACCCUUCCAAACCUUUCUUAUCCCAAGAGUGGGGCAGCACCACCCCAGUCUGUCUGUGAGCCCUUAGAAAAGGAUGCUGUGAUUACUAAGACCCAGGAUGGGUUUCUCAAAGACAAGUCAUGCCAGACAAAUCUUGUUUGUUUUUUUGACAGAGUUACAAGCUUGGUGGAUCAGGGGAAUGCUGUGGACGUAGUGUAUCUUGAUUUCAGUCUAUCUUAGUUCCUCCCUGGCAGGGCCUUGCAUAUUGAGGAGCAUUCCUUCACAUUAGCUGCCACCUGCCUAAGCCCAACUUGGCCACUUCACCUACUGCCUGUGGGAAGGAGGCUGAUGGAACACUAGCAGCAUACCAGCCUCACUCCUGAGUCUCCCAACUGUGCAUCUCUGCCAGAGGUCUGAGCUGCUGCCUGCAGGCAACACAGCCUUCUCUACCCCUCCUCAGGUGGCGUGGAGGAGGGGGCCUUUCCACAGUCAGCCCCAGGCCACUCAGCUCCUAUACAUGGAAAUUGGGGGGGGGGGACUGGCCUCUGACAGCAAAUGCUUUGGGAGCUGACUCUACAGGCAAGUCUGCUGUUUUACCCUAUUUAUUUAUUUAUUGAAUUUCUAUGCCAUUCUUCCUCUGAGGAUCUCAGGACAGUGUACAAUAUAAAAACACAAAAAUACAUAACAUAAAUACAUAAUAAAAUGGCAAACGUUUGUUAAAAUUAGCUGUAAAAGCUAAUUUUUAAGAGAACACACUGCCAAACAUUUGUGAUAUGUUAAAUUCCCAGUCAGUUGGGGCAGCCCCUGUUUUGCACCUGGGGUUAGGCCUUUGCAGGGACUAAUUCUGAAAGGGUGUGAGGGAAUUAGUUCUUUCUGUAUUUAGAUUUGCUGUUGAAAUUGCACUUCAACGCAGACAGAAAAAAACAGCUUAUGGCUGUGCUUUAGGGCAAAACCUGAUCCAAAACCAUGACAGUUUAAAAUUAAACGGUGGAAUGACCUGCAAUGGCAGAAGUGAAAGCAGCUUGUUGUUGCUAUUUAUUGCGGCAGCUUAAUGCCGCCGCCGCCCUCCCGCAGAUCCGCUGAGCAGUGCCUGGGUCUAAUCCCCGCCAGCCGACCCUUCCAGCCUUGGCAAGGAAGGCACCAGAGAGCGCAGGCGCACUGAGGCAAUGCAGAAGAGAUCUGGACCAUUACCUGCCCUGUCCCAGGCAGACAGAAGAAGAAAGCCUUUGUGCCCUCCGCGCCCGCUUGAAGAAAGCCGAGUUGAUUAAGCGCCUGGGUUUCAAUGGGUCAGUGGAUUAAACGGCCUAUUUAUCUAUUCAUUUAAAAUGUUUAAAGUUGGCGCAUCACCCCUGAACACAUUUUAUUUUUUAAAAAAUACCCAGCCAUGAAACGCUCCCAAAAAGGAAAGAAGCGAAACGAGGCGUUGGAGUGGGAGGAAGACGGACGGGGACCCGGGACACUCCACCCCACCCCACCCACCCACCCCACGGGCCGGCAGCUGCUGGGAGUCAAAGGCGCAUCGAUGCCAUCAGGUGAUGCGCGCAAUUGGAGAGGCCUUUCGGGUCCCCGGGGAGGGGGCAGAGCGCGCUUACCCGCCCCUUGCGACACACCCAAGGCUUUCCCCCAAGCGCUGCCCUGGGCGGCCCUCCAAGGGCUUCCCGCAGUCUCGAGGGGAGGUGAGAGGGCAGCGCCUGCAGCCCCAGCCCGGUUCGGCUUCCGAAGGGCGGCGGACUCCUCCUGGUCCGGAACAGGAGCCGCCCUGGCGCCGCCGCUUCUUCGGGGGUCGCUGGAGCCCGCCUGCCCGGGGAGGGGUCUGGCUGCGCGGGCGCGCCUCCCUCCGCAGCGCCACUGAGCAUGCUCGGAGCCCUUGUCUGUCGGUCUGUCUCUCCCCACCCCCGUCGCCGCCCGCUCCGCAGACCCUCCCGCGCUUCCUCCGCCGCACCGACCAAGCGGGCCGAGGAGGAGGAGGAGGAGGGAGCGCAGCCGGGUAGGUACCGGGGCGGCUACGGUGAGGUGGAGGAAGGGAACCCCCGGCGGGCGGGAUCUCUGGCGACGGGGCGGGGUUCCCAAGGACAAAAGGCGGCUCGGGGGCUCGCUUUCCUUGGAUAGCUGCGGGCCCACAAAGAGAUCCCCGGCAAAGAAGUCCCGGGGAGCCUCAGAGGGACGAACCGUCCGCUGAUCCUAACAGCCCUGCGAGGAGGGUCGGGCGCAGACAGAGCAGCUGGCCCAAGUCCACCUAGCGACCCACGUGCCUAUUGCUGAGCAAGGCGUCUGAAUCCGGUUUCUCUCCCCCCGGACCCCCGUCUGACUCUCGGGGCCUUGCUGAAAUCCUGAUCAUGAGGAUCUCCCCAAAAGCAGCUUCAGCUCCGGGGUGUCGCAGGGCUUUUGUUUCUGCGUGGGGUCUUCCUGCAGGUGCUGCUAUCCAGCUGCGGAGAAUGUGUGGGAAGCCCAACCUCCAGGAUCUAUUGUGUGAUGGGGGAGAGCGUGAAAUCUCGUGGUCCUGCCUGGUAGACGGGAGGCUGACGGUGGAUUCAGGGAUCCCUCAGGCAUGGAACCCUCACUAACAGUAGCCUCAAGGACCCUUGGUUUACAUGCUCUUUCACACCUGGCACAGAGAAUAAGGUCUGGCCUCCCCCAAAUCAUAGACUAAGUCCUGACCGCCUUGCCUGCCUGUCUCCUUGGAGAUGCUCCAGCAGCUGUCCCAGCCCAAAGUGCUCCUUUUGGGGCACCCUCCAAUCACCUUCUCCCCCCCCCCUUGGAGAUGAGGAGCCCUGGAUUCCUGCUGAGAUGCAAGGACAAGCAAACAUCAGCUUGCUUAUUUGCUCUGCCAUAAAUAAGGGGAGCAGAUUUGGCAAGAGCCACCUUUACCUUUGGGUCAUGCUGGGCAAACCUGCGCCUGUUGAGCCUCUGCAAUUCCUGUGGUCCCCAGGCCAUUCACAGAGCUGAUGGGGCUCCGCCUGGGUGGGGCAGCUUCCCUUGCCUUGCUCCUAGGAUGCUUCCUACAUACAGAUGCAUUCCUAGACUCCUUGUGCCGUUGGCAAGGAACUGAAUCGACAUCUCCUCCCUGGUCCCUGCUCCCUUCAGUAAUGCUUGAAGGUAGACUCUGCCUUCAGUUGUGGAAUUGCACAGAUGAUGCAAGUGGUGUGAGUUUGCUGUGCUGUGCUGGGGUUUCCACUAGUCCUCCUGCCCCCCCUUCCCUGCUUGCCUACUGUCCAUUAUGAUGACAUAAGAAUCUCCUCUCUGGAUCAGGCCAGGGUCUGCCCCAGCCAGUAUUCUGUCUCCCAGAGCAGCCAGCCAGCCAGCCAGCCAGCCAGCCAAGUCUGCCUUUGAGAAGCUCAGGAGCAGCUAGCCCCUAAGAUCUGAGGUAUAUUGCUCAUGGACAUGGAGACUCAGUCCUUAGCUGUCCUGUUGAAUAGUGGCUACUAGACCUGCCCAUUCUGCCCUUUGACUUCACCCCUUGUCAGCCAGCUCUUUAAAGGUCCCUCUGGCUAGCCAGGUGCUCCUGGGAACCAGGGCUCAGAGAUCCAUUUUUGCUUUUUGUGAUGGGAAUCCCUUAAAUCAGUUCCCUGUUGCAUGCAGAAAUCCUUCUUCCUCUUUCUCUCUACCAUGGCCAAACAUGCUCAGGGUGGGUGGCGGCAGGCUCAGGGGCAGAGCACACAGUUGCCUUUCAGAAGGACCCUAGAAGCAUCUUCAGAUGGGAAGUAUUAAUGGAUCCUGACAGCUAAGGGUUGUAGCCAGUGUUAGUUCUACUCUGAGUAGAGCUUAGGGGGAGGAAGCCCAAAGCCAGGGCGAAACUUAGAGCCCAUUUUUAGUGCCAAUAACCUGGCCAUAGAACAUGCAAAGUAGUCACUACAAGGGUGACUGAACACACACUGAGAGUCUCCUCCUGCCCCUCCUCACUGAGUAAUGACAGCCAAGCUUAGCACAUCAGACUUUAGAAAGGACCUGUGGUCCCUCUUCAUGUUUUCAGAUAAUGCGAAGCCUGUGGGGGUGCUUAUUGGGUCACCAACCAAAGCUGCCUCUUGCGAGGAGAACAGGCAAAAGGAGAGAUGUUGCUGUUGUCAGCAGCAGCAGCAACAGUAUCCUUCCUCCCCACAGCUCAUGAAGUACGUGAGAGCAGACUUGCUGGCUCAGGUCGAUGGCAGACAUUCUAGCCUGGCAUCCUGUCUUUACAGUGGCCAACCAGAUGCCUCAAAGGGAAGAAACCCACAAGCAGGACCUGAGCACAAUAUCAGCACUCUCCCCUUCUGCAGUAUUGAGAGGCAUUACUGAGUCUGUCCAGGCAGGCAGGGCAGAGCCAUUGUGGCUGUUGGCAGCCUUCUCCUGAAUGAAUCUGUCCAAUCCUUUUUUAAAAACCAUUGAAGUUGGUGGCUGUUGCUGUGGGAGUGAGUUCCAUCAUUUAGCCAUGUUCUGCCUGAAGAAGUCCUUUCUUCUGACCGUCCGGAAUCUUCCAACAUUCAGCUUCAUUGGAAGCCCAUGGGGUCUAGUCUUAUGAGAGAAGGAGGAAAGCUUUUCUCUGUCCGCUCUCAAUGCCUUGCCUCAUUCUAGAAACUUUGACCAUGUCACUUCUUUUCCAUCUUCUCUCUAAACUAAAAAGCCCCAGAUGUGGCAAACUAUCCUCAUAGCGGAGUCACUCCAUUCCAUUAUAAUUUUGGAUGCCCUUUUCAAAUUAUACAAUAUUCUUUUUGAAAUGAGGUAGCCAGAACUGGACACAUUCUUCCAUAUGAAGUUGCAACAUAGGUUUGUAUAAUGGCACUACAAUAUUAGCAGCUUUAUUUUCAGUUCCUUUCCUAAUGAUCCCUAGCAUGAAAUUUGUGUUUUUCACAGCUGCUGCACACUAGGUCAACAUGCUCACUGAGCUAUCUGUUAUGACCCCAAGGUCUCAUUUCUGGCAAAACACCACCAGUUCAGACCCCAUGAGUGCACUUGUGAAAUUAACAGUCUUUUUGCCCCAACUUUCAUCACUUUACACUUGCUUUCAUUUGCAUUUGCUGUUUUCCUGUUUUACAGCCCAUUCAUUCAGUUUGCAGAGGUCCUUGCGGAGCUCUUCAAAUUCUCUUUUUGCUUUAAUGACUCUGAUCAAACUUAGCUACCCAUUUUUGUGUGGAGAAGGGAAUCUUAGCCUGAAGCCUGUGCCUCCUUUUCUUUGCUGCCAGGGCUUCCUCCGAGCGAAGAAUCCUCCGAGCUGGCCUGAUGACACCCCCUCAGAGGGCUGCCCCCAAACAAGAUGGUGCUGGACUCGGGUCGGCAGUCCUUUCGGCGGCGGGAACAGCAGCCUGAUGUCUUUGGUGCUGGCCUGCAGCAGCGGAGAAGCGGGAAGAAGGAGGCCUCUCGUCCCUAUGAGGGGCUGCGGGUGCCUCCCUUCUUCUCUCCUUCCCUUUCUCUGGAUUCAGACUCCUCCAGCCCGGGCCAGCGGGCGCCCCCCAAGACCAAGUGCCUCCAGAACCCAGAGCCCCAAGUGCCGCCCCCCGUGGGCCUCUGCCCUGCCUUCCAGAAUCCCUGCAGCUGGAUGCGCCGGAGCGAGAGCAUCUGCGCAGUGAACCGGAGGGACCGCGCACGGGGGCAGAUCCGCAGUGCCGCCUCCCUGCCUCACCUCCCCAAAGCCAAGGCGGAGAGGUGCAUCGGGGCCAAGAGGAAAAGUCCCUGCCUGCUGGUGGCCCUGCGGCCGGUGAACGUUGACAAAGAGAGGGAGAAGUUCUUUGGGGCCUGCUACGCCUACAACCCCCAGUUUGAAUACGCAGAGCCUGUCCCUGAAGCCGUGUUGGAGAAAUACAAAGAAGCCUCUGGGCAGUUUAUUUCACAGGUAAGAAAUGUUCCCCCUGCUCCCUCUGCCUUUGCCAUUCUCUUUCAAAUGGCUGCUCCUCCCUCCACAACCCUUUCCCUCUGCUCUGCUGCGAGGAGACUGAGCCAGCAAGUCUCUGCCUCCCAGAGGCAGGAAAGAUGCUUUGGGUCUCAGCAGCAGGAGCACAGCUGCACCCAUCCUGGCAUUAUGCUGUGUGCAUCAGUAAUCCUCACAAUAACCCUGUAAGGAGCAGGGGGGCAAAAUGUUUUGCAGAAUCUAGAGGCUCACCUACUUUUCAAGAUUCUAGUUUGGCAAGGGGGUCCAACGAAACUGAGUCAUGCCACUGGAGGGAGAGAGCCUGCUCUGGUCCUGGCACACUUGAGCACAUGCCCCACUCCCCCAACAUCCAGGCAGUGUUUUACUGUGGGAUGCUAGGACUCAGGGAUCUAAGAGGGUGAAGAUUGAAACUUGGAAAUCAGAUGCUUCUUUCAGCAGCCCAGGUGCUAGGACCAGUGGCAAGCAGCAGGGGUGACUGGACUCUCGUACCUUUGCACAUUGGGUCAGGAUCAUUGCCUCCAUAUUGCAGACUGGAGGGCUGAGACUAAGGGAAUGGUGGCAGUUUGAAUUGGGUCUUCUGUUCACAGCUGGUGCUACCCUGUUUUGGGCUGAGCAAACUUUCUACUUCUUCUUUCUGUGGUGUUGUUAGAACUUUAGAGUCCUCUUGUUAAUUCUCACAACAGUCCUCUGAGGGAAGUUGUCCACAGUCGUCUUUUGCAGAGGGGAGCUGAAAGACAUUUGCCAGGCUAGAAUAAAACUUGACCAGCUCCUUCAGUUGCCAGACUUUGAGGAAUCACAGAGGCUUGCUGCCUCUGGUUAGCCAGGUCUGCCUGCUGUGGAGCAACAUGGUCUCAGUUCUCUGUGUUGAUGGCUGGGCUGCUUAGGGCUUCCUAGCUGAAGCAGAGGAAGGGGUGAUCUCAUGAUGGCAACCACCUGUCCUUCAUGCUCUUCAGUCUGUCUAUUUGGUCUACAGGUCAUAAAUAUCCAAGAUUGUCUCUGGUUAUCCAGGGAAAUACAUAAUGGAGAAAAAGGCAAAGCACAUGCAUACAGAUUGUGCCUUUUAAAAUAUGCCACAGGAACAAUGGAAUAACUAAUGGACAGACACCUAUUAUUCAACUUGCUUUAGUUUUAAUUCCUACGAAGUUAAAAAGUAGAAUGAAUCCAGGUUGCCAGCAUCUGAAGGACACCUUCAACUAGCUUGCGUUGGACCUCCUUUAACAUUAUGCAUUAAUCUUGAAUAUAUCAGGUGUACUCUCUUCAGGUGUGGGUGGGGAGUUCUUUCUUUUUAUCUGGUAGCCAAAAACAUUUUUUAAAUUUUAUUUUAAAUAGAAAAAGCAGACAGUUGUGGGUUGAAACUCACUUGCUGUGUGUGUUUCAGGCUAUUGGAAUCAUUGAUGCUGUGCUGGAGAAAUAUAGCACCUACGAGAACUUUGAGGCAUCCAACGGAGGGAAGUUGCUCAGUAAAUGCCAGAUCUGGUCCAUUGUCAGGAAGUACAUGCAGAAGGAAGGCUGCUCUGGAGAGGUGAGUCCAAUGCUGGCAAAAGAAGGCUGCAUGAUCCCAGAAGGCUGCAUGAUCCCAGGGAGGCACCCUGACAGCCUUUUGCACAGUGCCCUUGGAAACCCCAAAAUCCUUCCUGCCCAGGCAGUAAUUGCUUGGGGUUGCAUCCAGCUGGGAUGGUGAGGGUAGGAAGCCGCAUCUGAGACUAGCCCUGGACUCUCCCCUGGAGACUGCAUGGACUGACUGGAGUUCUGCCAGGAAGGGAAGCUGCAUGGGAGCUCUGCGCUGCUCCUUGCCUGACCUACCUCCCAAGAGCUGUGCUGGGUUUCCUAAGCAGGCUCAGAAUCUUGGGGGAUAAAUGCUGGGAUGGUCUUGGUUGUCACAUGCAUGGAUGGAUGGAUGGCCUGUGGUUUCCCUCUUCUGUUUCAAAGCUCCUUCUCCAUUCUGGGCCCUGUGAUGGGAACUCCCUCACAGCUCAAUUCAGAGUGUAACUACAGGCCCUGCUCCCCAAUCUUCUUCUAGGUGGUGGUUCAGCUGACCGAGGACCUGCUGUCUCAGGCAGUGAUGAUGGUGGAAAACAGCCGCCCAACAUUAGCCAUCAACCUUUCUGGGGCUCGUCAGAACUGGCUGGAGGGCAUGUUGCGCCAUGAAAUAGGUCAGGAUCCGUGAAGGAGCAAAGUUCCGGGACAUUCCCCAACCCUCUGUGCCCUGGAAGGGCAUUAAAGGAGCACGGGGUGGGAGGAGAGUGGAGAAUUGUCUGCCAGGAGUUGGAACAUCAGUUUUUCUUCCAAGGGAAGGAUGUACCAGCUGGACUACCCAGCCCUGAACUCUGGUUGGUUUGCGGAGAGGGUUAAUAAUUCUGUUCGGUGCCACAGAGACCUAGAACUCUGAAGAGCAGGAGGGUCUGGGUGCUGACUGGCAGGGGCCUAGUUGUCAAAUGCUGUCUGGCUGUGAAAAUCAAGGGAAGGCUCAUGUCUAAUACAAGUUCCAUUAUGAUACCACUGCUAUAUCCGAACAGAUUUCAGCCUCCUCAGACUGAAAGAAGCUGCUUAAUAAUAAGUCGGGCUUUAUCUAGUUUAAUGAACUAUCAGGGACUGUGCUGAGGAGGAAUGGUGGAAGCCACCACCUCCACCUGCUCCUGCUCCUGAAUCUUCCCAGGAGCAGGAGGACAGCUAGAUUUGGAACAGUGGUUUGCAGAGGGGCAUAGUUCAGAAGGCAGAAGCUGGGAAAUACUAUAUGGGGAACAGCUAGGAGAAGAAACACUGGAAGAGAGAGGGUUAACAGAUUCACAGUCUCUGGACAGCAUUCCUCUAGACAGCAUUCCUCCGCCCAGCCCAAGGUCGAAAAGAGCUCAGAAAGUCUCAGAACAGAAAGCUCAGAGGGCACAAGCUCAGAUUACAAGACGUUGGAGUGAUGUAGAUUAAUAGGGAUGGAGAGGGUGUAACCCUUAAUUAGGAGCACCGCCAUUCUGGGUUGACACUUUCUUUUGUCCUUCGCUGUGUUUAUUAAAGAGACUAACUGGUAAGAAUUCAUUUUGUUUGAUCUCCUCAUUUAUGGCCACGGGGGAGGAAGCUGAUUCCCUGAAGCCUGACAUAACACAUUUUUAAGUGAUUCAUUUCAUGGUUUUCAACUUUUCCAAUUUUUAAGGCUUUCUGAUUUUUUGAGUUGUCAUCCGAUGCCAUAAAGGCAUCAGCAGAUGGGCAGGGAGUGAUCCUACCCACCUGAUAGACCCACUUCCCUACCCCUGGACAUGCAGCCUAAAACCCAGGACGUGAGUCCUCUUUUGCACUGCGAUUCAUUGACCCAGUGAAGGACUGGGAAGUGGGGUGGGGGGGAAGCUGAGGCAUGCCAGUUGUGAAGGAGGAGUAAUGAUGGAGAAAUGCCUCUCCUCUGCCUUAGGCACCCACUACAUCCGCAGGGUCAACAAUGCCCACCAGCCGUGGCACAGCUCAGAAGGCCGCCAGCACUACGGCCUGAAGCCGGCGAAUCCCACUGAGGAAGGCCUGGCCAGCCUGCACAGCGUCCUCUUCCGCAAGCAGCCCUUCCUGUGGAGGGCAGCCCUUCUCUACUACACUGUCUACCGGGCCAGCCACAUGUCCUUCUGUGAGCUCUUCCAUGACCUGGAGCGCUACGUGCAGGACCCUGGGGUGCGCUGGGAAUACUGUGUGCGGGCCAAGAGAGGCCAGACAGACACUUCCGAGCCAGGUAAGGGCCUUCGCAUGGCAUGAGGAUGAUCAGUAUUGGAGAGAUGCAAAUGUUCCCAGCCCUCAGGGUUCUGGAGGUUGGCCACUUGAGCAUCAUUUGCUAAAAUUCCUCUCUGAUUUAGGACUCCUUUGCUCAGUCCCCACCCUCCCACCAUCACAAGAAGAUGGCUGGCUGGGGGAUGGUGUAUAGGUGACCUGCAAAGGACAGCUCUGCUCUUGGGCACUGAUGUGCAGCAGGGCUGGUGCUGGGGGCUCUCCUGAUUGAUGGUGCCCUUCAGAAUUAGAUUCUGAUACCCUGCAGAACACUAAAAAAAAGAAAACUCCAAAAGCACAAGAUGACUUCCUGCAAACCUCCACCCUUCCAGCCCUCAGGAAGUUCCCUGAUUUUGGCAGUAUUUGAAUUUCUUGCCAGUAUUUGGACGUCAUUUUGAAAAGUGUCCUGCUUAUGCUGGAUGUGUCAGUGGUUUUUCUCUUUCAGGGUGUUUCAGUAAAGAUCAAGUGUACCUGGAUGGAAUUCUCCGGAUCCUGAGACAUCGACAAACCAUCAACUUCCAGCUGCUGGCUGCCCUGGGGAAGGUAACAGCUCUGCCUGCUCUGUGGUCUUCCCCCACUCCCCAUGUGUGUGUAUUGUGGGGGGUAGGUACCUUCACCUCCUCCAUCUCAUAGCCAAGAGGGCUUUCUUUGGCUUGGCUUCUGGUGUUUGCUCCAGUUGGAGGCAGGUGGAUAGAGCAGGAAGUGACCAAGAAGGGAGGGAGGACAGCACAGUCCUCUAACAGUCCUCAGCUAAGAAAACCCGAUUUUUCCAUCCAAGUGAGGCCCUCCAAUUCAUCUUUAUCUUCCUCCAAAGGGCAUAGAAUGUCUUUUCUCUCCCCGCUCCCCCUUUAUCAUUGUAACAGUCCUGUCUCAAAAUGGCUGUUUUUAACUCAAGAGGCACUAGGGAGUUCUGAUUAUGAAUCUCCCACAAUGCAUCUGGUUUGGCCCUCAGUAGGAGUCUCCACCAGACUGGCUCUCAGGUGAGGUAAAUUUGGUCUGUUACACAAAGCUCUCUGGUCUUGCAGUGAUGAUGAUGUUUUUUGUACCUCACCCAUCUGACUGGGUUGCCCCAGCCACUCUGGGUGGGUGGCUUCCAGCAAGAAGACUGAAACCUCAUCUUUGAAUGAGUUGCUAACUUUCAGUUGCUCUUUUUUUUAAAAAUAAAUAAAUUCAGGUCUCCUACGAAGAUGUGAGUAAUCUUCAGAAAUACGGGGUGCUGGAGAAGGCUCGAAUCCCUCACUUCAUGCAGGAUCUAGAGAGGUACAUGCAGCAGCUCAACCACAUUGUCACAACCAACUGUCUCAAUGACGAGGAACUGGAACAGCUGCUGCCAGAAUGAGCCGGCCUUUGAAGGGGAAGAGGGAGGGAGGGAGAGGGCUAUGGCUCCUCCAGCCUUUGCUGCUGUCACCCAAGACAGGCUGUACUGUAAUCAUGAAUAGGCUCUUUGGGGGUCUUCAAAGAAGUUGUUGUGUCAGAUUGUGGUCCUGCUGAAAACAGUUUACUGGUUUACAGCCUACUAUUUAUUCUUUAUUUAUUGGGGUCUCUGGUUGAAUAUUAGGUGAAUGAAGACUGGAAUGAGACAGUCUUCCAGCUAUUCAAGGAGAAACCUUUGCAGGUGGUCUGCUGAGUGUUCCAAUCUGGAGCCAUUUAAAGUAAUUUCAGGCUGGCAGUCAUCACUUUUGACCCUGCUAAAACAACAAAGGCAAUUCUAAGGGAGGUUGACUGUCCUGUGCUUGCGCAAGCCAGUGUGUUUGGUUCACCAAUUCAACCAUUUGACUGAGAGAGCAGGCGCAGAGGUUACCAGCCGCCGCAAGGACAUGUCUUCCAAGGUUUGGCCGCCAAGAAUUAGAUUCAGAACCCAUUUACGCAAAGUUAGAAAAUGUCUUCAGGUGUGUUUCAUAUCCAUCUCAGUCAGCUUGCAGCUUUUCAGAAAAACUUGCUUUGUUGCAUCAGGCAGAGAUCUUUCUCUCUUGGCCAGCAUCUUUUGCUUCCAACUCGGCAGAUGCCAUGGGAGCUCACAAGCCAGGCAAUGAGCUGCACUCGACAUCUCCUGAAUUACUUUGAAUGCAGCAGGACUCCACAGCCUUGAAUGCAGGAAGCUGCUUUCUCGGAAGGACCUGCUGGUCCAUGAAUAGACGCAAGUAGCUCCGUCUAGUCCUUUGACAAAAGUUUUUGUCCAGUGUAAGCAGUUGUCUGUAGUUGGCAUGUGCAGUGUGACGGGUGCUCUGGGGUUGCUUCAGCUGUGUUUUUGACAACCAAACAUGUUUGUGCCCAAGGAUUUUGGGGGAGGUGCAGAGAGAGACCAGUGGCCACCCUGAGGCAAGAGGGAGGCAAGGAAGGGGUGUGUGGGAGGGCAGGUAGCUUUAGCUUAGAAAAGGAUGUGUUUGAUAAGCAAGGGCAGGUCCUUUGUAAAUGGAGCCAAGGACCUUGGUAGUGUUUCUCAAGCUAAUAAAAUGGGAGAAUCUAAGGGAGCAAAGGUGCACAGGGGCCACCUUGGGUGUCAAGUCUGAAGCUGUUGCUUUAACAGUCUCUUCUGGCAUUAAGUGAUAAUAUAAAUUCAUAUUAAAACAACCCCUUCCAUCCUGCGAUGCUACCUCAACUGGGGGGUGAUGUUACCUGUGCUUCUACACUGUUUGUCAAAGCCAUUUCCACUGCUGGGCUCCUUGGUGUAAAACGGAUUUUGCUCCAUUCAAUAAAGACUCUCCUCUGC